AGAAGGAAUUCUCCGGACAAUUUCCGUGUAAUGAACCUUCAUUUAUGAAGACUGGCAAUAUAAUCUUAUUAUAUUAUAAGAUAUCCUCAUUUUUUUCACAUAAUGAUGCCAGCAUAUUCUAGGAAUAAAUAUAAAAGAAAAAUACCACAUAAAUAGGGAUCUCAAAAGUACUUUGUUAAAAAAUUUAUAUUAAAAAUAUGAAAUAACGAUGGAUUGGUUUUUGUCCGGUUUAGUAUAUAUUAUAGAGGAAUACUAACGGUAUUUAUAUAAUCUGUUUAUACAAACUGUGUUUACUACUUAAGGUCGUUGUAGAAAGUAAUGUGGCUCUUAUUAAUAACAAUAAUCGUCAGAGUAGUUAUACGAUUUCAUACCAGUGUGUCGAAUUUUUGUCAGAUUUUAUCGAAUAAAUUUGUAUAAAUAAUUGUCAAGAGAUAAGCAGAUAAACAUGGCCUCUGUAAGUUCUACAUCCGAAGACGAAACACCUGUUACAAAACAAAAACAGAAAAAGGCUUUGAAUUUUAAUCAAAAAAAUAUUAUUUUAAAUAUUUAUCAAAAUGAACUGAAUAAAUAUCCAAAAAAGUCUAUCUCGGAGAUAAUAAAAACAAUCUCAAAUAUUACAGGAGUUUCUCGAAGAUCGAUCCUUAGAAUACAAAAGCAACAUUCAAUAGAAACAAUAUCAUUUCCAAAGAAAAUAUAUCAUAACAUUUUAAAUAAGUUAAAUGAUUACGAUAAAAAUAAGAUAAGGCAAAUAAUCCAUCAGUUAUUCUAUCUAAAUCAAUUGCCCACGACUGAAAAUAUUUUAGAAAUUGUGUGUAACGAUGUUUCUUUGCCGAAUUUUAAUAGAAGCACGCUUUACAGGUUACUGUUAAAAGAUAUGAAUUUUAAAUAUGAAAAAAUAGGAGCCUAUAGUUUUAUAAACGAUAAAGAAGAAAUAGUUUUAUGGCGUAGAAAUUAUUUACGAAAAAUAAAGGAAUUUAGAGAAGCUAACAAAAGAAUAUAUUAUUUGGACGAAAUGACGUGGAUGAAUGAAAUGCACGUUAAAAGUAAAGUAUUGAAAAAUUCAAAGACUGCUUAUUCACAGAAUGCAUAUUUAAAUAAACAACAAUCUACGAAUCUAGAAAAUUCGGAUAAAAUAAAACAAUUUAUUAUCUGUCAUAUUGGUAGCGAGAAUGGAUUCGUUGAGGGUGCCUUGUUAAUUUUUAGAUUGGAGAAAAACAAGAAAAACCAUAAAGAAAUGAAUUCUACUACGUUCGAAAAAUGGUUCACUAUAAUUCUUGAUAAACUUGAAGACAAUUCCGUUAUCGUUAUGGACGACGCUCCUUAUCACUCUCGAAAAAUAGAAGAAACACCUAACAAUUAUUGGAAAAUAUCCGAUAUUAAACAAUGGUUGAAUAAUAAAAAUAUUAACUUCUAUCAGGAUAUGGUGAAGAUUGAAUUGUUGCAUAUUGUAGAACAAUACAAAUCGACAUACGACAUUACUUGUGUGAUAGACGAAAUAGCAAAAUUAAAAAAUAUUAUUGUACUUAGACUACCACCUUAUCACUGUGAAUUAAAUCCGAUAGAAAUAAUAUGGACCGAAGUAAAAGAUUAUAUCGCAAAGAAAAAUAUAAUGUUUCGAGAUGUAGACAUGAAAGAAUCAUUUUAUGAAGAAUUAUUUUGUGACGCAUUAAACACCAUAACCGAAAAAAAUUGGAGAAAUUGCAUUCAAUUAGUCUCUAAUAAUGUUGAAAACAAAUUCUGGCAAUUAGAUUAUAUUAUUCAAAACAUCAUUGAAUCUUCCAUUAUAAAUUUAAAUGAUAAGAACAAUAAUUCGGAAUCGAAUGCGGAAUCAAAUUCUGAAUAUUCCUAACUGAUAAAUGUUACAACACUUGAAGAUUAUAUAUAUAUAUAUAUAUAUAUAUAUA